AGAUUCUACUGGGACCUCUUCAUGUUGGUUCUGCUGAUAGCCAACCUCAUCAUCCUUCCGGUUGCUAUCUCCUUCUUUAAUGACGACCUCAGUACAAAGUGGAUCGUCUUCAACGGUCUCUCCGACACCGUUUUUCUACUCGAUCUCAUCAUCAACUUUCGUACUGGUAUGUGCAUCAUCGCGGAUAACUUUGCAGACGACAUCAUACUGGAGCCUCGUCUGAUAGCCAAGCACUAUCUGAAGACCUGGUUCUUCCUUGACCUCAUCAGCUCCAUCCCCCUCGACUACAUCAUCCUCCUC